AUGUCCUUGACGCCGCACUCGAAAGUGCAGCAGAGACGCUCAUUCAGUGCCUCCGGACAAUGCCAGAACUGCAGGGAGCUAAGGUUGCAAUUGUCGGUGGGAUGGCAGUCCAACAUUAUUGACAGACUACCGGCGAACCUCGGUGAGUGGACUGAAGAACCAGAUCUACCAAAUCGUGCUGACGAGGGCAUGCAGGAUGUGGAUGUUCUACUUUUCAGGCCUGACCGUCCCAUUGACUACCAAUUGAUGCGCAAGGAGCUGGUCUCCCGGUUUUCAGGUUUGUUCAAGGAGCGCACAGAGCCUCUGUUCUUCAAAUACAAACGUACGGACGAGCUUAAGAACAGACGUAAGGCCAAACAUUCGCACGUAGUGCAGGUGGACAUUAUUCCAGACUAUUUGCCUCCAUACCUGCCUGCGCAGGCAAUGGCGCUGGAAGAAGUGGACAGAGGCCAUCUGCCUUUUGUCCACCCGUUGGACCUUCUUGCCUACAAGGUCCAUUGCUCCAGUAUGCGUUCCCGUCUCAACAAACGAAAACAGGACGCCGAGGACGCGGUGAGGCUCUGGCAAACUUAUUACGGGGAAGAGUAUGCUCCGCUGAGCGAAGGACAGCGAGUCGCCAUCGCUUCGGGAGUGGAUCUGAUGGCGGAAUAUUCCUGGUGGUGUCGCUGGAGAAAGUGGAGGCUGAGACAAUGGGUAAAUGCGUCAGAGAGGGGCAUCCUGGGGGUGGGUUCAACGUUUAGAGAUAUAGUAUAG